GGAACGGAACAGAGAGCAGCAGAGAGCCAGUCUUGCGCCAGAACGCGCCGCGGACGGGUCGAUUCCUCGCCGGCCGUGGUGUGCCCUUCCCUCCCCGGCCGCGCGCCGCGCGUGUUGAACAACGUCGCGAGUGCUGUGUGUGUGUGUGUCAGUGUGUGGAUACCUCGCUGCCUCCCUGUGGAUUACAGUGCCUGCCUCUGUGUGUGUGCGUGUGUGUGUGUGUGUCCGAGCCCCAAGAGGAUUCAGUGACGCCCGUACGUCGGAGUUCGACGACGGGCGCGUUACUGGCAGCGUGAUUCGGCCAGAUGAGAUGGGGUCUCGUCUGAUUGGAACAGGCAGAUGUGGUCGAGUGAGGUGAUUGUGAUAAAGUGCAAAAGUGAACCGUGCAGCAUCGCUCAGUGGAUUAGUCGCAGUCGCACCAGCAACAUCGCGGACGCGCCUCGACGCCAGCAACAGGCUCCGGGCCGGCCUCGGGUGCGCGGCGCCGCGUGCUGAACAACAAGGAAGGUGUGCCGCAGCUGUCGCAGCUGCCAGUACGCGCCGUCGCCGUCCGUGGGGCUGACGCCGCUGUCGCUGCCGCCGCCGCCGCCGAGGCACGCGCUGCCGCCGCCGCCGCCCCCGCACCCGACGCAGCACAAGCCGCCGCCGCCGUCGCCGCCCGCGUCGCCAAUGCACACGUCGCCGAGCGCCCCGCUGCCCGCCGCGCCGCCGCCGCCGCCCCUCACCACCAUGGUGCCCAACAACCUGGGCGCGCCGCCGCACGCCAACACCAACAGCUCCAGCCUCGGCUCCAGCCUGCAGCAGCAGAACAUCUCGACGCACCUGCCGGGCCUGCUCGAGCCGCACGGCUCCCCCAAGGGCGGCCCGCUCGCGCCCCUGGGCCUGCAGCCCAUCGACCCCCAGCGGCACUCGCAGUCCGACGACGACUCUGGCUGCGCCCUCGAGGAGUACACCUGGGUGCCGCCGGGACUCCGGCCCGACCAGGUGCACCUGUACUUCUCGUGCCUGCCCGAGGAGCGCAUCCCCUACGCCGGCUCGGCCGGUGAGCGCUACCGGGUGCGCCAGCUGCUGCAGCAGCUCCCGCCGCACGACAACGAGGUGCGCUACUGCCGCGCGCUCUCGGACGAGGAGCGCAAGGAGCUGCGCCUCUUCUCGGCCCAGCGCAAGCGGGACGCGCUGGGCCGGGGCAUGGUGCGCCAGCUCACCGCGCCCCUACCCUGCGAAGCGUGCACCGAGCCUCUGGGCGUGGGCGACAUGGCGGUGUUCGCGUCCCGGGCGGGGCCCAACGCGGCCUGGCACCCGGCCUGCUUCGCCUGCUGCACGUGCCGGCACCUGCUCGUCGACCUCAUCUACUUCUACAAGGACGGGCGCCUGUACUGCGGGCGCCACCACGCGGAGACCCUCAAGCCGCGCUGCUCCGCCUGCGAUGAGAUCAUCCUGGCGGACGAGUGCACAGAGGCGGAGGGCCGCGCGUGGCACCUCAAGCACUUCGCGUGCGCAGAGUGCCAGGCGCAGCUGGGUGGCCAGAGGUACAUUAUGCGCGACACGAGGCCCUACUGCCUGCACUGCUUUGACGCCAUGUUCGCCGAGUACUGCGACUCGUGCGGCGAGCAGAUCGGCGUGGACCAGGGCCAGAUGAGCCACGACGGCCAGCACUGGCACGCCACGGAGCUGUGCUUCUGCUGCAAUACGUGCCGUGGCUCGCUACUCGGCCGGCCCUUCCUGCCGAGGCGCGGCGCCAUCUACUGCUCCAUCGCCUGCUCCAAAGGGGAGCCGCCCACGCCGAGUGACGGCAGCGCGCCGGCGGCGGCGGCGUCCCCGGGCCCCGGUGCCCUGCAGCCGCCGCACGGCCCGCCACCGCCACUGCCGCCCCCCAGUGGUAGGAGGCCGCCCCGCAGCCGUGCCGCCGCCCACCGGCCGCCCUCGGACGCGGGGUCCUCCACGCCGCCGGCCUCGCCCAGCAGGACGCGGCGGGGACAACACCAGCACACCGCCCUGCCCCCGGCUCCUUCCCCCGCCACGUCGUGCCCGCCGUCGUCGGCGCCGUCUUCCCCCUCCAGCCCGGCGCACGGCCCUGCCAGCCAUCCUGCCGGCUCCAACGGCAGCAGGAUCACCAGGAACCUAAGCGUUCAGCACCCGCUGCCGCCCACCGUGAUCAUCCCCCACAACGGGACGUGCAGCGGUCCGCCCAGCAUGACGCACGGCACGUCCCCGCGUGUGUCGCCCCGGGGCUCGCCGUCGCACUCGCUGCUCAUGCCCUACCAGCCCGGCAUGGGCCUGCACGUGGCCCCCGCGCCCCAGCUCAGCCCGCAGCCCUCGCGCUCCCCCAAGAUGGGCCGGCGCGCGCUGCAGCAGCAGAGGCCGUCGCACACCAAGAGCCUCGAGAGGGCGUCGGCCAGCAGCAGCAGCGACGCCGCUAGCCCCAGCCCAGAGCUGCUGACGGAGACGGUGACGACCGUGGUCGAGGAGCUGGUGGUGAGGGGCCUGCCAGCAGCCCCGAGCGGCACCUCCCCCAAGGGACUGGACAGGGUCCUGCUGGAGCGCAAUCUCGAGAGGCUACUGUCGGACCGUCACAUAGGGCCUGGCGGAGCGAGCGGGCCCACCGUCAACCUGGACCAGCUAGCGGCCUUAGGGGCCAUGGGCGGUCUGGGCUCGCUGGGCUCACUCUCCCCUGAGCUGGAGAGGCUGCUGAGCGCGCGGGACCGCUGCAGGCAGCCCCUGCACCUCGCCAACCUCGCCGAGCUGAGCCUGUCCCUGGACUCGUGGCAGCCCUUUAGUGAGGCCCUGGCACCAGUGCGACAGGACGGCGCGUCCUCCAUGCCCGAACUGGACGGCGCGUCCACGCCGCCGCCACUGCCACCCCCACCACCCCCUCCCCACGGCCACACCAGCUCGCCGGCGUCGCCGUGCACGCCGGACACCCCCGACGGUCCCACGAGUCCCCGGCCGAGCCCGACGCGCAGUCAGAGCAGCUGUGCGUCAAACAGCCCGGCGAAUAGCUCUGCAAACAGCUCUGCGAAUAGCCCAGCAAACAGCCCAGCAAACAGCCCUGCGAACAGUCCAUCGCACGUCACGCCAUCGCCGCCCGCGCCGCAUCCCGACAAGCAGCCUCAGCAGCCUUCCACCUCUAAGGCUAAGAAUCGCGGUCAGCUCAGCGUGCGCUUUGAGGACGGCAACGACUGCAACAGUCCCACGGCCGACGCCAAGUCGCCGGGGGCCUCGACGGCGGCGUGGGCGGCUGCGAGGGAGCGGCGCGCCGAGUCCAGGCGCGCGCGGCGGGCCCGCCACAGCCGGGAGUACGACGAGGACAGCUACUGUUCCACGUGCUCGUCCAGCUCAUCCAGCGACGAGUCGGAGGCGUACCAGCUGCCCCCGCGACGGGCGUACGGCGGUGUGCGCAUCUCGUACGUGCCCAACGACGCCCUGGCCUGCGCCCGGCAGCGGCAGCACGCCGCGGCCAACAGCGCAGCUGGCGCAGCCCUGCCCCGCUCCCCCUUGAAGAAACCUGGCGGCCAGCCUGCCGGCGCGCCCACUAGCGCCCCCCCGCACGCGCACGCGCACCCGCUCGGCCCGCACGACAAGAACUGCGUGAUAUCCUGAUCAGCAGCCGUCUCGCUGCCAGGCUGGCCGCCUGGGAGACGGCUUGGACUUGGCGGCGGGAGACGGGCGCUGACCGUUGCAUCGGGCAUCUGCGCUCGAUCUGUGGUCCCGUCACUUCGUGAACUAACCCUACACCAAAUCAAUUCAAUGUGAAACGCAAAGCAUGUCUUGUUACUACAGCACAGACACUUAAGGACAAUGAGCACCAUGUUUGCCUUAGUUCGUUUCAAUUAAAAGAACAUGGCUAGCUCUGUGACGGGACUAUGCAUAGCUGAUUUGGGGCCUUUUUGAUUUUAAAAAAAGGGACAGCCGUAAUCAGUUUUGAAAAGGGUGAAUCGAGCCGCUGUUUGUGCAAUGUGGUGGAUACUAUCUAUUGUUGCCUUUAUGACUUGUUAUUUGUCCGCUGGCAUUUCUGCAGAGCGUUUCUGUUAUUCAUCAGUGUAUGAAAGAUGUUAGUCCAAGGACUUAUCCAUGAGGCUUGUCCACUGUUUACAAUACAAAGGCCAGUGGAUUUUCCUCAUGGGCAAUUCAAAGAACUGAAACCUUAAAUUAAAUCAUCAUGUUAUUGUGAAUUGUGUUACAACACUUGUACUUAUUUAUGUACUUUCCUUCCAAAGAUGUCAGAUUGUAUUUUCUUGUGGCAACAGAUGUUGACACAAACUGUUGUUGUAAAAUAUUGUGUAGAAUUUGUCAAUAAAUUUAAUGGAAAGGUUAAACAA